GUGUAAAAUUAUAUUAUUGGCAAUAAUAAUAUAUUACAGUUAUAUAAUUAAGUUACUCGAUGAAUUAUUAUGGUUUAUUACGUGGAGUAUACGUUAUUAAUUCUUAAUUAAGUGUUUCUCUCCGGUUGUUUGUGUUAUAAAAAUGCACUACGAGAACCUUGACGUGUAUGUUGCGAUCAUAUAAUGUCCAUAGAUGUUACACGUUUCGCAAUGCAUAAUUUCAUACAGGCUACUCUAAUUACGAUUGGUUUAUAAUACAUAUUAGGCUCGUACACCCGCAAUAAAAAAGCAUUCUAGCAGUACUCGCUAGGCCUUUGUAUUGUUCGUAACAUCUUUGCUAGCUUUAAAAAAAUCGCGUGAGAGACUCGAAUGAAAAGGAACUUCAAGUUUCAACAAUGUCAAUGAUAAAAUCCAUUACAUUGGAAGAAGAAAUGAAGAAGAACCCUCAAUUGAAACUAUCAGAUAUACAAUCAUUGAAGGAAUGGUGCGAAAAGCAACCGCAUUUACCGAAAAUUGAAGACAGCUUCCUUGCGAUGUUCCUUCACAGCAACUAUUAUCGAAUGCAACCGACAAAGAACACGAUUGAGAAUUAUUACACGACUAGAACGCAUGUACCAGAAUUUUUUUCCAAUCGGGAUCCGCUUGGGGGAAAAGAAUUGCGACAAGCCUUUAAAAUCGCGGCUAACCUUCCUCUAAAAGGAAUAACAAAGGACGGUUAUAGGAUCAUGUACGGUGCAUUUCUAGAUGUCGAUCCUUCUCGUUUCGUCUACAAUGACAAUAUUAAAUAUUUUCUGAUGGUGUGCGAUGUGUGGUUUCUGAUGGAAGGUACGAAUAACGGUUACAUUUAUUUCGCUGAUGCUAGCGGACUGUCCUUCGGUCAUAUCGCACGAAUCAGCCCACUAGGACUCAAAAAAUAUUUAUAUUACAUACAAGAGGCAGCACCAAUACGUCUGAUGGGAAUCCAUUUCAUAAAUGCGCCACCAGCUAUGGAAUUGCUAAUGAAUAUGAUGAAACCAUUUAUGAAAAAGGAGAUGAUAGAUAUGAUACAUUUUCAUUCAUCGUUAAAGAGCGCUUCCGAAUACGUUCCGAUAGACUCGUUACCGAACGAGGUAGGUGGGAAAGCUGAUUCUAUGUACAAACUGGCCGAAAUUGAAGUGAAAAAGCUCGAGGACCAUCGCAAAUGGUUUUUAAUGGAUGAGGCGACUGGUCGUGUAAACGAAGCAUUAAGGAUCGGUAAGAGUAAGUCAGCAAGCGAUCUGUUCGGCAUAGAGGGUAGCUUUAAGAAGCUCGAUAUAGACUAAUAAAAAUAUUAUAUAUGUCCCC